GUGCCACAUUUGCAAGGCAGCAUGGACGACAAUAGCUUUGUCAAGUCGUUUUUUGCUGAAGACAUUGUGCGGAGGUCGUCGCCGCUCGAGCUAUCGACGCCGACGGACUUGACCUUUCAGCCGGAGGACUCGGACUUCUUUGACGAGUAUCCGCUCAUUGAUGACGACGACGUCAAGCAUGAAGGCGAGAACCACGAUCUUUUCGAGCCGCUGGACCCGCUCCUCUCGACGCCCGUGCUGCAGAAAGCCGACCUCGCGUUCUUCUCGUUUCCGUCGAGCCCCGCGUUUGAGGUGCGGGGGCCGCAGCCCGCCUACUAUCAUAACCACUACAACAGCAUGAUCCACACGCUUCCACCAAACUACCACGCCAGCAGCGUACCCCAUCCUCCGCCUCCUGCGACCACGCACCAUCGAAGUAGUAGUACAAUGCAGCAGCCGGCCAUCUACCCGAGCGCGAUGAUGCCGCCACUGUACAAGCCGCCGCCGCCCGUCUUGCCUCUCAUGCGCUCGUACUCGCACCCGAUGAAGCCUGCGCCCGUGCCGAUCACAACGACCAAGAUCCCCGUGCAGCGGUCGGCGACGGUGCCGACGACUGCGAGGGAGCUCGACGACGUCGCGAACUCGUUCAAAUCCAAAGGCAAGCGCUGUACGACCGCAGGCUGUACGCGCCGCGCGCAGUCCAACAAUCGCUGCAAAGCCCACGGUGGGGGCGCGCGGUGCCAGUUUCAGGGGUGCCCCAAGAGUUCGCAAGGCGGUGGCUACUGCCGGGCGCACGGCGGCGGCAAGAAGUGCGAGUUUGAAGGGUGCACGAAAGGCCAGCAGCGCAAGGGCUUUUGCUACGCCCACGGCGGCAUCCGCAAGUGCAAGCACGCCCAUUGCGACAAGAAGGACCGUGGAAACGGGUACUGCAUCGCGCACGGUGGCGGCAAGCGCUGCUCGGUCGACGACUGCGUCAACGCAGUCCGGAAAGGCCGGUUUUGCCGCGUUCACAUGCCCGACGACGGCUAAGUAGACCGCGUGUAAACGAGGGUACACACACAUGUGGUUGCGUUUUGGCCACAUCGUUGUUGGAAUCGAC